AACAUCGCGUCGUAGCUAGAUUGACAGUUGAACUUUGCAAACAUCUCGUGUGCAACCAAAAGAUACGCGAUACAAUUUGGAACGCAAAAUCGAAAGGUUCUUUUGUCUUUCCAGCAGAAUUUCAUUCCGAUUUGUCACCCCCAUAGUGAAAGAUUGUUGAUCAUGUUGAAAUCAAGACUGUGAAAGGAAUUCCUCGCUCGGAAGCGUCCGUUUGGUAGAACUCAUUUGGAGAAAACGAUAUCGGGAUUGGAAAAAUUAACCUCACUUUCUGCAUCAGCGGGUGUUGCGUUCGGGCUUGCAAGAGAAACAAACCGCCUAACUCGAACUACAAGUGUUCGAAGUUUAGGCAAACCCACGCGUCAUUAUAUUACGAAUUUUAGCGUCAACCGGUGUUUGUGUAUUGAAAUAAGUGCAACAGGCUUCAGCACGAUUAACAGACGGGUUUUAUAAGUGUUAUCUUUGUUAAUCGCAAGUACUUCGUUUAUGUUUGCUAUCAAGGUGGAUCUCAGUUUUAACAGUGUUCGAUCUGAGAGUAACAUUCGCAGUAAUGUGUAUGCUUGAACACAUCAUCGAUUAAAACGUGUUGCCAGUUUCGUGAGGAAAUUUCCGUGUAUCUUGUGAAAACUAGGUUUUUUUUUGCUUGAUCUACGGACGUAAAACAUCGGUGAACGUUAAUCGUUUGAAGAGUGAUUGCUAAACGUAUCAAGCAAUCUGUGAAGAAGAAAGAGUAAGAUGGCUAAUCAACAAGGAUUGCAACAACGCGAGACACUAGCCGGUGGAAUGCUGCAACCCAACCAGCAGGAACCGGAUGAAGAGGAAGAGGAAGAGAGUGUUAGCAUGGAUGUGCGUCCGAAUGUUGGCGGUAAACGUAGAUACAGCGAGCUAAUGCGUGAGAGUGAUGAGGACGACUUUGCUGGUUUCGAGGAGGAUGCCGCAAGCAGUGAAAACGGUACUAUAAAUUCUCCGCGAACUAUAGACAGUAUGUAUGAGGCAAUGUUGACAGCCGUGGAGAAAAAACUGACGAAAAACAAUAAACUUGUCGAGGACGAUAGUGUUUCCGAGAUGCACAAUAGUUUGAAGCAGGAAGAUAUGGACAUUGUGAGCGGAACUGCUCUCGGUGAAAGUAACAAAAGUUUGGUGAAGAGGAAAGUGAACGUACCAGUAAACACGCAAGAUGAAAUCUAUAAGGUGCCGUUUAAAUAUGGCUGGAAGCGAGAACUGGUGUAUCGAGCCAACAUGGAAGGCAGUAAGGAUAAGGGCGAAGUGUAUUACAUUACACCCAAUGGCAAGAAAUUGCGCACCCGUAAUGAUAUCGUGUCAUCCUUGCACGACGAUCUCACGAUGGAUAAUUUUACGUUCGUAAAAGAACCUGUUGGAGGAACACCAGAAGAAGAAACGAUAAGGAGCGCGAAAUCUUAUAGUAAUGUUCCCAAGCGGUCCACGACUAUGGAUACUUCAGGUGAUCUUGGGAAACGGGUUCCAAAGCCCAAAAUGCCGAAAGGAGCAAGCCCUCCUUUACCUUCAUACAAUGCCCGAGCUACUACACACGGUCAAACGCCACUAUCGAAAUCUUCCCAAUUGAACACUCAUAUAUCAUCGAAAGUUAAUGCAACUGGUGCAAGUUUACUAGUUUCGGCGAGUGGACAACGCAGCAAUGCACACACAGCAACAGGAACACCCAAAACAAAUGAAAACAGUAGUAUUUUAGGGAAACAGACUAAAUCAACUGGAAAAAAUAAGGUGGAAACUUGUACAAUCCAAUGUCUACCAGCGAUGGGGAUGAUACCGCAGUUGCAGUGUAUGGUUUGCUACUGCAUGUACCAUCCGGAAUGUGUGAAUGCUACAACAGCAGAAGCGUUGGCUCGACGAUUUACUUGCAAGAGCUGCAUGGAAGACUCUAUGACAGCGGAAAUACAGCAUCAACAAACGUACAAAGAAUCGUUCGGAAAGUUUGGCAUGAAUACUAACGGAAACGGUAACGUGAAUACCGCAAAACCGUUGGCUGUCACAAACAAUGGUGGAUCGUUGUCAUCGAAAGUGGUAGCGAAACCGACACAGAAUAGUAGCACAGCUAAGGAAAAGGCGAAACGCUCUCAACAACAAACUGCCGGGCCUAAGACAGUAACCCCCCCAGCUAAUGCUUUGGAAGGCACCUGUGCAUUUAGCAACUCGUCCACAAAGGAUAUUCCACCACAAGAUGUUCUCGUUAUUGGCACUCAUGAAUAUGUGGUCGUUCCAAAAGGCAAAGCAACAAGCGUGAAAAGCAAAAAAUCUUCUUCCAAACCUACAAAUCCUCUACCUCAGGGUACAAUCAAAGCUCCCGAUGAUGGACGUAAAAUAUACAAUAAUGCUACCAGCGUUUCUAGCAGUACAAAACAAAGCAACAUUGCAACCGAUCGUACAUCAGAUGACGACACAUCUUUGACGGUGGGUGCGGGAAAAGGGACACACGCGCUCAGCGGUUCAACUGUGACACAAAGUGGUGGCGGUCGUGAUCCAUCCAAAUUUCUAUCUGAUGUAUCAGCAGGAUACACUUGCUUGAUGUUGAGCUUCAAUUAUCUUAAAGUACAAGAGCUACUUCGCGCCUGCAGUGUGUGUCGUAUGUGGAAUCAUCUGGGGAAUCAUCCACGAUUUUGGAAAACUGUACGCAUGAAGAACUCCUACAUCAGCGAUUGGGCAGGCAUGAUAGCCAAGCUACGAAAAAAUGGUACAAAGCAUCUCGACCUACGCAAGGUAUUGAACGUUGGCAGUAACGAUGAGAUGUGGCAAAGUUUCAAUGAUCAUAUUGGUCAGGCAGACCAAAUCGAAAUUAUCGAUUUGUGUCGGUGUUCAUCAACGGUUGUAGGCAACCUGCUUCGAUCGAAUCCAAACCUUCGAGUAGUGAAUGCACUGGCAAUCAAAAAUGAUCCCAUUGAAUUCACAAACUUUGAGCACGGUGUUAGUUUAGAAGAACUGCGUCUAAAAUCUUCCGCAGCCAUUUCAUUGGAAGGCGAUCUACAUCAACUGGCUGCAUUGCGAAACUUGAAACACCUCUCCUUAACCUCGAUAACCAAACUGGGCUCUACUUCUAUCGAAGCAUUGGGUUCACUCGUACUGUUAGAAUCACUUGAGCUUGGCGAAUGUACCGAGAUGGGAACUAACCUGGCGAACGUGUUGUCCAGUCUAACGGCGUUGAAACGGCUGCGAUUAGAGAAAGGCCAAGAAAAUUUCGAUAUGUUUACCAUUUUGAACGGUAUAUCGAGGGUGAAAACCUUAACUCAGUUAGAGUUAAUCAAUUGUGAUGUAAAAAUGGGGUUUGAUCGACAUAUCACUAAUUGCACGAAUGUGAAAAAACUGCUACUCAUCCCCACAUACGUGUCUCAGUCAGCAGCAACGAAUCGCAUGGUUUUGAAAGGAAUAAUCAAGCUACACCAAACUUUGGAAACGGUAGUUUGGGCCAUAACCGUAGAACUGUUGCGUGUCACAGAGCUAUACAUCGAUGCGAAUGUAGAAGACGCAGAAAAUCAAAUGGGCGGUAGCAUUCCCAUUUUGAAACCAGUACCGGGAAGUGACGAUCCCCCAUCUGCCGUUGGGUCUCAACUGGAUCUUCCUGAGGAGGUAGAAAUUGUGCCGCUAAAGCGAGUACAUUCUAUUUUGAAGCGCAAAGUUCCCAAUACGAAGCUACAAAUAUUGAAAAUACCUUUCAACAAUACCUGGAAACAAACGCUGUGCGACACUUCGUGAAAUGUAUGGAAAAUUGGUUAAUGAUUCCGCGCACAUGUAAAUAGGUUAAAAGUAUGCUACAUUCAUUUACGUGUAGGAUAUUGGCUCUAUUCAUAUGUGACUCUUCGCUGGAUGAAAGUUCCGGAAUUGUUCCAGAUGUGAAAUAUUUGCUUUAAAAUUUAUUUUAUUUUACUUCACGUCUGGGCAGCUUCCUUCUAGUUUAAUUUGCUUUUGCUAGGAGAGGACAUAACUGGACGCUAACAUGUUUCCUCGAGUAGUGCGCAAAACGCAGGAAGGUAAUGUUGUCUUGUAGAAUAAUUUUACAUUGAUUUAAAUGGUGCAUAAGCAACAUAAAUUGGAAUACUGUUUUAAAUUACCGACCAGUAAAGUAUGGCUUAACAAACACGCCCUGUCUGGGUUUCUAAUCUGUUCUUGGCCGAGCAUCAACAAGCUUAAAUGUUUUUAGUGAGCAGAAUGCUAGCAGGAGCUAGACUGGCCGCUACUAGCAAUGGUUACAAAACGAAAGAACAACAAAAAAAAAAAUUACUUUUACGUUUUGAAUGAGCAACGUAUUUGUUAGCUAUCAGAAAAAGCGUAGAGUGUAAGCUAAUUACAAAACAAAUGAAGAAUACAGUCGGCCAAAAGGUGUACAUUUUAAAGUCGAACAAUGAAUCGGUUAAGAUGCAUAACUAAAUUAAAAUCCGAAAACAAAUCAAUAAAAUAGUGUUAUCGCAUUGAUUUUCACUCGAAUGGCAAACUAUA